GAGUAUCAAAAAACUUGAUCAUAGCAGCACCAGAAAAGCGCGCGGCGGUGUGUGUGUGUGUGAGAGAGAGACUAUCAACUGACAGAAUGAAUGGAGCCCGAUUGUUUACUCACUAAUUACGAAUUCUGGAUUCAAUGCAUUUAUCAUUCGGGACCAGUGAUGACUUGGCUCCUGACGUGGGUUCUACUAGUUGCCGGUGUACCUCAGAUCCAGUGGGCUUUCGCCCAGGAUUCCUCUAAGCUGCUGUCCGUAACAGAGCCCGCCUCAGUGGAGCCCUACAACCGCACCCAGUACUGCCAGUGGCCCUGCAAAUGUCCUAAAACUCCCCCCAUCUGUCCGCCAGGAGUGAGCCUAAUCAUGGACGGCUGCGAUUGCUGCCGUGCUUGUGCCAAACAGGUGGGGGAGGUUUGCAACGAGAAAGAAAACUGUGACCAUCAUCGUGGCCUUUAUUGUGAUUACAGCGCAGACAAGCCUAGGUACGAAAAAGGAGUAUGUGCGUAUCUGCCUGGCACUGGCUGUGAGCACAAUGGUGUGAUCUAUCGCAAUGGCCAGAGCUUCCAGCCCAAUUGCAAAUACCAGUGUCUGUGUGUAAAUGGGGUGAUUGGCUGUGUCUCACUGUGUAAUGAGUCUCAGCCCCCCAGGGUGUGGUGCCUGAACCCACAGCGGGUUAAAAUCCCUGGCCGCUGCUGUGAACAGUGGAUCUGUGAUGAGUCCAGGAGGGGGCGCAAGACGGCCCCACGACACGCAAUGGCCGCCCUCUCUAGUGUAAAGGACAACUGGCACAAGAACUGUGUGGCCCAGACAUCCUCCUGGAGUCCCUGCUCAAAGACCUGCGGCCGUGGAGUGUCUUCACGCAUUUCUAAUAACAACAAGCAGUGUCAGAUGGUCAAAGAGAACAGACUAUGCAACAUUCGACCAUGUGAAGUGGACAUCACAAAACAUAUCAAGCCUGGAAAGAAGUGUUUGAACAUCUACAGGUCGGAGAGGCCACACAACUUCACUAUCUCAGGCUGCACCAGUACACAGUCUUACUGGCCCAAAUACUGUGGAGUGUGUACGGACGAGCGCUGCUGCAUCCCGUACAAAUCUAAGACUGUUGAGGUUGAGUUUCAGUGUCCUAAUGGAUCUGGCUUCACCUGGCAAGUCAUGUGGAUUAAUGCCUGCUUCUGCAACCUAAGCUGUAAGAACCCCAAUGACAUAUUCACAGAUCUAGAGCUGCACCAUGAGAAGCGUGAGAUUGUGAACUGAAAGUGUACUAGCCCUUGCAGAACUGAUUUAAGUCCAAAUGAAUAUUGGGAGUAAGAACCACAGAUUUUGUUUUCUUUUGUCUAUUAUUUUCUGCACAAUAGUUAUUUAAAAAGACAUUUAAAAAGAUGUAAAAAGACAAGACCUCAUUGACUUUUGUGGUCAAAAACUUAAUUUAGGUAAAGCAUAUGGAAAGAAUAACUAUAGGAUAUUGCCUCUAUGUAUUGAUAGUGUACAUAUUUUGUAAUAUCAAACUAUUUUAUACAAAUAAGCACAUUUUGCAUGUAAGCUCUGUAAUAUCACUGUAA